AUGGCCAAGCCACACACCCCCAAGAAGCGCGGCCGCUCCGACGGCAAGAACAAGAAGAGAAAGGACACACGUAUUGGUCUCCGAAAAAUCCGCGGUCCAAACGGCAUCAAGUUGAAGCAGGCACAAUACUACCGCUUCCCGUCCACCAUACGCAUCUACCACUACUCCGCCUCAUACCUCUCCCUCCACACCUUCAAGAGCCUCUUCCGAGGACGCGCCCACGGCUACGUCGCCGCCCUCCUAGGCUCCGACGACCCCCUCUCCCGGAACCUACUCACCACCGCCACCGACAUCAUCCCGGAAGGCGCCUUGGAAGUCGGCUACCUGCCCUCUGUGUUUGUGCACGGGGGCUCCGCACUGGGGUUUUGCGUCGGCAACGGGGUAGUUGAGUGGUUGUGUUUCGACCGCGAUAUCAAGGAGUCGAUACUGGACAGGCUUGAUAUCAACACUAAGGCGCAGAAGAUGUUGUUUGAGCACGUAGCUGAUUUGGAGAAGCCUGAGGGAUCGGGUCGGAAGAUGGAGUAUACUGAGCAUAAAGAUUGGUGGGAUUCGUUGAGGGGGGCGGGGAGGUGGCCUUGUGUUUUGAGGCUCGGGUGGAGGAGGUUUGGGUGGGAGGUUAAGGCGGAGGAUGCGAGGUUGAGAGGGUUGGAUGAAGAGGGGGGUAGGGGGGCUGAGGAAGAAGAAGAGGUUGAGAAUGAUGAGGGAGAGUGGGAGGAUCAGGACGAGGACUGGAAUAGGGAUGAGGAUGGGAAUGAAGAGGAGGUGUUUGAGGGCAGUGAUGAGCGUGAGACUCAUAGUCCCGAGAUCGUUGCUUGA